GAGAAAAACCGCUCAAGGUUGUUGAAAGAGAGAUAUCGUUUACCGCAUUCUACAUCUACUUUCUGUGCAUUCAUAUUCUACUGUGAAAUCGUCGCUCUAAUUAGCUGUUUGGUCAUUAUAUUUCUUUUCCCUUCUCCGUUAUAAAUGGCUAUUAAUACCGGAAAUACGAAAUUUCGAAUGGUGAAUGUUGACCAGUUGACUGAACCAACAUUUCAGGAUGAAUUAACGGAUGAUAUUAAACCGUCUAGGUUAAAUAUUUCUGAAAUCAAUAGUUUAAUCUCGAGUGGAAAGUCUACAGAUGCUAUUUUGAACAUAUUACAAAAUGCACCAAUUAAUUCAAAAGAUCAACAAACUAAGGAUACAGUAUUCAAAUUGAUGAUGCGUUUGCUAUCACAAUUUAAAUCAAACCAAAAUAUUGAUGAAUUUUUGUCAACUAUGGAUCAAGAUAAAAUUGAUUUACUUAUGAAAUAUAUUUACCGUGGAUUUGAACAACCACAAGAGAUAAGUUGUGCAACAUUGUUGACAUGGCAUGAAAAGGUGUAUACUUACGGCAAAGCUGGUUCUAUUAUGCGUGUCCUUACUGAUCGUAAACGUGUUUAAUAACCAUGCCAUAUGUAAUUGUUUGUGCCCAUGAUUUCAUAUGUUAUAUUUUAUAUGUUAUCUUUUUAUUGUGUAGUUACAUAGCAAGAUAUUAUUUGUACUUUCAUCAAAAUAAAACAACGAAACACUAAGUGACAGUUUUGAAGUCAAUUUAUUAACCUUUUUUAAUGCUACUUUAUACUAUAUUUUAUUUCAGUUGUGUUUUCAAGAUUUUUUUUAUUACUCGAUUAGAUAAUAUACAAAGGUUAAACGGAUUCA